AUGGCUACCUGCAAACAGCCUGUCCGUCGCUCGUUGGGCAGAAAUGGACCACAGAUUCCACGGCUAGGCCUGGGGCUUAUGGGCGCGAGUAGCCAUUAUUGUGUGCCAGGUUCCGACGCCGAGCGCCUGGCUUUUCUGGAUGAAGCGUACAAGAGAGGCGAGACCUUUUGGGACAGCGCUCAGAUAUAUGGUGAUUCCGAGGAGCUUCUCGGCAAGUGGUUCGCUGCGAACCCUGAAAAGCGCAAAGACAUCUUUCUGGCCACCAAGUUUGGCGUGAAGAUCACCGGCACCGGAUUCACCGUCGACACAACGUCGGAAAACUGCAGAGCAUCCAUCGAGCAGUCUCUCAAGCGCUUGGGCUUGGAGUACGUCGACAUAUACUACCCGCACCGCCUUGACAAGGUCACGCCAAUCGAGAAGACGGUCGAAGCGAUGGUCGAGCUGAAAAAGGCCGGGAAGGUCAAGUACCUCGGUCUGUGCGAGUGCAGUGCCGAGUCACUGCGGCGUGCGCAUACAGUGCACCCGAUUUCCUGCGUGCAGAUCGAGUAUAACCCCUUCUGUCUCCAGAUCGAGUCGCCAGAGACUCGCCUGCUCGAGACAGCCCGCGAGCUCGGCGUCGCUAUUGUGUCCUACAGUCCCCUUGGCCACGGCCUCCUCGCGGGGACCGUCCGUGAUCGCGGAGACUUCAUCAGGCCCGGGGAUAUGCGCGUCAAGCUGCCAUUGUUUUCCGAGGAGAAUCUGCAAAAGAACCUGACCAUCGUGGAUAGGAUUGCUGCAAUCGCCAGGGCAAAGAGUCUCACCCCUGCUCAGUUGACGCUCGCUUGGAUAUUGGCGCAGGGCGACGACAUCUUCGCUAUUCCCGGAACAACCAAGAUUCACCGACUGGAAGAGAACCUGGAGAGUCUCUCGGUUUUUUUGUCGGAGGAAGAAGAGAGGGCUAUCCGAGAGCUAGGGCAGGGUAUGCUCGGUACUCAGUUCCAGGCCGCAACUGGAUACUCUUUUGCUGAUACCCCGACAUUGUGA